AUGGCGAGAACAGCAGCAGCAACAGCGGCAACACCAACACUAGCUGCAGCAACAGCUGCAGUAACAACUGCAAAUGCAACGUUGGAUCGAGCACUGGCAGCAGCAACACUUGCUGCAGCAGCUGCAGCAACAGCAGCAGCAACAGCUGGAAAAACAGCAGUGAACUCUACCUCGGAGCUGAAAUCUCUCGGAGACUCCCCACUUCUGCCUGUUGCAAGAAAAGCUCGGGCAACACCAACACUAGCUGCAGCAACAGCUGCAGUAACAACUGCAAAUGCAACGUUGGAUCGAGCACUGGCAGCAGCAACACUUGCUGCAGCAGCUGCAGCAACAGCAGCAGCAACAGCUGGAAAAACAGCAGUGAACUCUACCUCGGAGCUGAAAUCUCUCGGAGACUCCCCACUUCUGCCUGUUGCAAGAAAAGCACAAGUGCAGCAGCAGCAGCAGCAGUUCGAGAGAGAGCCAACAGCAGCGCAGCAACAGCAUGCAGCAGCGGCAGGCAGCAAGCAGCAGCACAAGCAGCACCAAGAACACAUCCAGCAGCAGUGGGAGCAGAGGCAGCACCCAGCAGCAACAGCAGCCGCCGUAGCAGCAACAGCAGCAACAGCAAGAACAAAAGCAGCAGCAACAGCAAGAACAAAAGCAGCAGCAACAGCAGCAGCAACAGCAGCAGCAGCAGCAGGUUCCACCCCACCAAAUGAGCCGCGUCCUGACAGCCUCCUCACAGUGUCCUGCGGGCUCAAGUCCUCCUCCGGGCUUUCCUGUAAUGAUGAAGGGGACGUGUUGGAGGCUGCUGCUGCUGCUGCUGCUGCUGCUGCUGCUGCUGUGUCUGUCUCUGUGUCUGUGUGCGAAUUCGCAGAGCCGUGCAGCUGCGCCUCUGCGGGGUACUGGGGCUGCCCCGCAGCGCCGCUGCCGCAGCCAGUGAGCAGCAGCCAGUCGUCAGCAGCAGCAGCAACAGCAGCAGACUGCAGCGGCAGCACUCCCAUGUCUUCUGACAAGUCGAAAAUGUCGCAAGUUGGCUGCCGCCCGGGGGGCCCCCCAACCCCAGGGGCCCCGGGGGCCCCCCGGGGGCCCCCCGGGGACUCUUCGCGGUCCAGGUGGUAA